CUCCAAAAUUAUCACGUGGGCCGUUUCCGACCUCAGGUCCGAUCAUCGUGGGCCCCUCUCUUUCUCUCUCUCUCUCAGCACCACAUCUCCAACUUUCAACUGAUUCCCCAUCCGAACUUCCCUACAGAGAGAAGCAGAGAAUCGAGGAUAGAGAGAGAGAGAUUCUCGAUGGACGAGGCAUCAACUGGGGCAGUGGUGCCGGCAGUGAAGGCGGAGGAGGCCAAGCCUUUUCUGCCGGCUUGGGCGGCCGAAGGCGCUGGCACCGUCGCCGUGUCGGAGGUGGUGGCGGGUCCGGCGCCGGCCGAGAUCGUCGACAGGGACAUGCUGUGCCCGAUUUGCAUGGAGAUAAUCAAGGACGCGUUCCUGACGGCGUGCGGCCACAGCUUCUGUUACAUGUGCAUCGUCACUCACUUGAACAACAAGAGCGAUUGCCCUUGCUGUGGGCUUCACCUCACCAGCACCCAGCUUUUCCCCAAUUUUAUACUCGACAAGCUAUUGAAGAAGACGUCUGUGCGCCAAAUAUCAAAAAAUGCAUCCCCUGUAGAACAAUUUCAUCAGUCAUUGCAACAGGGGUGUGAAGUGUCAGUUAAGGAGCUAGACACCCUGCUGACGCUGCUUGCGGAGAAAAAGAGAAAAUUGGAGCAAGAAGAAGCUGAGAGAAACAUGCAAAUCCUGAUGAACUUCUUGCAUUGCCUAAGGAAACAGAAGGUUGAUGAGUUAAACGAGAUCCAAACUGAUCUCCAGUUUAUCAAAGAGGAUAUAAAUGCCGUCGAGAGGCACAGAAUUGAUUUGUAUCGAGCAAGGGACAGGUAUUCAGUGAAGCUGCGGAUGCUUGCUGAUGAUCCCACAGCAACAAAAUCUUGGCCUUCAUCGAUUUUUAAGAAUAACAAUAAUAAUAAUAGUGGCCUUAGUUCCAGUUCACGUAAUGCACAAGGGGGGAUGGGUUUUGGAAAUUUUCAGUCGAAGAAAGCAGAUGGUAAGACUCAAUUAAGCACUCUUGCUCCCCAGAGAAAGGAUACCAUAAGUGGACUGGGUUCAGAAAAUAUGAGUCAAUCCGGUCUUGCUGUAGUGAGGAAGAAGCGUGUGCAUGCACAGUUCAACGACCUACAGGAGUGUUACUUACAAAAGCGACGACAGUUGGCUGACCAGCCAAAUAAGCAGGAAGAAAGGGAAGCCAAUGUGAUACAUAGGGAAGGUUAUACUGCAGGUCUUACUGAAUUUCAAUCUGUGCUGAGUACCUUCACACGGUACAGUCGACUAAGGGUUAUUGCCGAACUUAGGCAUGGGGAUCUUUUUCAUUCAGCCAAUAUUGUGUCAAGCAUAGAAUUUGACCGUGAUGAUGAGCUGUUUGCUACUGCUGGAGUUUCAAGACGUAUAAAAGUUUUUGACUUCUCUUCGGUUGUAAAUGAACCUGCAGAUGUACACUGCCCUGUUGUGGAGAUGUCAACACGCUCAAAACUUAGUUGCUUGAGUUGGAACAAGUUUACCAAGAACCAUAUCGCUAGUAGUGAUUAUGAGGGAAUAGUAACUGUUUGGGAUGUCACCACCAGACAGAGUGUAAUGGAAUAUGAAGAGCAUGACAAACGGGCAUGGAGUGUUGAUUUUUCACGCACCGAACCCUCAAUGCUUGUGUCUGGCAGUGAUGAUUGCAAGGUCAAAAUAUGGUGCACAAAGCAGGAAGCUAGUGUUAUUAACAUUGACAUGAAAGCAAAUAUUUGUUGUGUCAAGUAUAAUCCUGGAUCUAGCUUUAAUGUUGCGGUUGGCUCAGCAGACCACCAUAUCCACUAUUAUGAUUUGAGAAAUACUAGCCAUCCACUUCAUGUGUUCAGUGGACACAGGAAAGCUGUUUCAUAUGUGAAAUUUUUGUCCAAUGAUGAGCUUGCUUCUGCGUCUACUGACAGCACAUUAAGAUUGUGGGACGUGAAAGAGAAUUUGCCGAUUCGCACCUUUAGGGGUCACACAAAUGAGAAGAAUUUUGUGGGUCUUACAGUAAACAGUGGAUACAUUGCUUGCGGCAGUGAAUCAAACGAAGUAUAUGUUUAUCAUAAGGCAAUCUCAAGGCCCGUGACUUGGCAUAAGUUUGGUUCACCCGAUUUGGAUGAAACCGAUGAAGAUGCUGGAUCUUACUUCAUUAGUGCAGUUUGUUGGAAAAGCGACAGCCCUACAAUGUUGGCUGCUAACAGUCAAGGAACGAUUAAAGUGCUGGUACUUGCAUCUUGAAUUGUAAAGUCAUUUUUGAAAAUUGGAAUUGCAAUUAAAGGAAAUUUGAAAAGAAAAAGAAAAGAAAAAAGAAGAAGAGAGAAAUCAGAAUGGAAAAUUGGUUGUUCUAUAGUUGAACACUUCAUCACUAUUGUUCUGUACAUUACUACCUGUGAAUGAGCAUAAUCUGAAAACAGGAAAAGGAGGGAAAAAAACUGCAGUGGUACAUUUUUAAGUUUGUUUU